AAAACAAAAAAAGCGUACGGGCUGGAGGCGUUGGAUUGUCAUUAACUCUAAAAAAAUUUUUCUGUUGCACCUGGACUUAGUAAUGGCAGUAAAUGUUUUUAAUACUGGUGUCACCUCAGAAAAUCUUAGCAGGCAUGAAAUGAUGCAAUGGAUAAACGACAGUCUGCAGACAAAUUAUACAAAAAUAGAGGAGAUGUGUGCAGGUGCUGCAUACUGCCAGUUUUUAGACAUGCUCUUUGAAAAUUGUAUUCCAAUUAAAAAAGUCAAAUUUCAAGCCAAAUUGGAACAUGAGUAUAUUCAAAAUUGGAAAUUGCUUCAAACAGGUUUUAAAAAAGUUGGAGUUGAUAAGAUCAUUCCUGUGGAUAAGUUAGUAAAAGGAAAAUUUCAAGAUAAUUUUGAGUUUUUGCAAUGGUUCAAGAAAUUUUUUGAUGCAAAUUACGGAGGUCAAGAGUAUGAUGCUUUAGCUGUUCGAGGAGGUGUAAUGCCUAAUCCAACUGGUGGUUCAACUGGAAUUGCAGUUAAAAAACCAACUCAACCAGCAGCAGUUGUUAACAAACAGCCUCUUAGUAAUAAACCAGUCGCUAUUGCACAGAAGUUACCAUCAGCUGCCACACAAAAAAAAGCUUCACCCGUUCCACAGAAAUCUGCAUCAAACAUUUCCAAACCAAACAUUAAAGCUCCUGUUAACCAACAUGAAAUUGAGAAUCUUACUAUUGAAUUAAGUGAACUUCGAACCAACGUGGAAGGUUUAGAAAAAGAACGAGAUUUUUACUUUGGAAAGCUCAGGGAUAUUGAAGUAAUAUGUCAAGAACCGGAAAAUGCCGGUUUGGAACUAAGCGAGCGAGUUUUACAAAUUCUAUACGCUACCGAAGAAGGAUUUGCGCCUCCUGAUGAACUCGAAAAUGGAGAAGAAAUUUCUGGAGAGGCUGAUGAAUAUUAAUAUAAUUUAUUUUUUCAUUGGUAAAAUCACGCAAAGUAUUUUUGCUCCCGAAAUGGUACAAAAUAUCACUAGUGAUUUGUUUACGUUCUGUAAUUUAUUAAGGCGCUUAGCGCCUCGUGUCGGGCGCUUCUUGAGAAAUAAAAGCGAUUGCUUGAACGUCCGCACUUUGUCAGUUGCUAUAAAAUUGUGGGGUAAACAGUCUUUAAUUGUCUUUUUGCUCUGAGUUUUGUUAUACAUAAUGUAGUUAAACAAUUUGUUGAAUAAAUUUUAGUUGAUUA